GUUUAUAGGGUGAAUUGGCUCAGGAUGAGAGCCCUGCAUGAUAGGUUGCAGGAAGAGGUCCAGUUAUUGAAAUGUGAGCAGGAGUGGACUAGAAACUUUUUUGAAAGCAAGGUAAAAUUUUGGACUGGCCAAAAGACUGCAGCAUUGGCAGAGGAGAAGGCUGGGCAGGCAUGUUAUGCUGCAAGGAAAUGCCAAAUGUAUGGCAGAUUAGCAUGUCUUCUGUAA